AUGCAGGCGUCGAACCAGAAGUUGGAGAUGGCAAGACAAGAUCUGGCCAAGCAGCUGGAGCUUGCAAAAGCGGAGAGCUUGAAGCAGGAAGCUUCACUAAAGAAGGCUCGCGAGAGCGCUUCCCAGUGUGAAGACGCCCUCCUUCAUGAGAGAUCCACGCUUGAGCGGCUUCAGAUGCAGAUGUCAGAGGCCACGGAAGGUCGAGCGCAGGCAGAGGCGGAACGAGACAAGUUGAAAGCCAAGCUGCAUGACGAGCAGAUGCUCAAAGAUCAGGUAGGAGCGUUUGCGGCUGAGGGCGACGAGAAGGCCAGACACUUGCAAGCUUCGCUGGCCGAUGUGCAGGCGUCGAACCAGAAGUUGGAGAUGGCAAGACAAGAUCUGGCCGAGCAGCUGGAGCUUGCAAAAGCGGAGAGCUUGAAGCAGGAAGCUUCACUAAAGAAGGCUCGCGAGAGCGCUUCCCAGUGUGAAGACGCCCUCCUUCAUGAGAGAUCCACGCUUGAGCGGCUUCAGAUGCAGAUGGCAGAGGCCACGGAAGGUCGAGCGCAGGCAGAGGCGGAACGAGACAAGUUGAAAGCCAAGCUGCGUGACGAGCAGAUGCUCAAAGAUCAGGCAGGAGCGUUUGCGGCUGAGGGCGACGAGAAGGCCAGACACUUGCAAGCUUCGCUGGCCGAUGUGCAGGCGUCGAACCAGAAGUUGGAGAUGGCAAGACAAGAUCUGGCCAAGCAGCUGGAGCUUGCAAAAGCGGAGAGCUUGAAGCAGGAAGCUUCACUAAAGAAGGCUCGCGAGAGCGCUUCCCAGUGUGAAGACGCCCUCCUUCAUGAGAGAUCCACGCUUGAGCGGCUUCAGAUGCAGAUGGCAGAGGCCACGGAAGGUCGAGCGCAGGCAGAGGCGGAACGAGACAAGUUGAAAGCCAAGCUGCGUGACGAGCAGAUGCUCAAAGAUCAGGCAGGAGCGUUUGCGGCUGAGGGCGACGAGAAAGUCAGGCACUUGCAAGCUUCGCUGGCCGAUGUGCAGGCGUCGAACCAGAAGUUGGAGAUGGCAAGACAAGAUCUGGCCGAGCAGCUGGAGCUUGCAAAAGCGGAGAGCUUGAAGCAGGAAGCUUCACUAAAGAAGGCUCGCGAGAGCGCUUCCCAGUGUGAAGACGCCCUCCUUCAUGAGAGAUCCACGCUUGAGCGGCUUCAGAUGCAGAUGUCAGAGGCCACGGAAGGUCGAGCGCAGGCAGAGGCGGAACGAGACAAGUUGAAAGCCAAGCUGCAUGACGAGCAGAUGCUCAAAGAUCAGGCAGGAGCGUUUGCGGCUGAGGGCGACGAGAAGGCCAGACACUUGCAAGCUUCGCUGGCCGAUGUGCAGGCGUCGAACCAGAAGUUGGAGAUGGCAAGACAAGAUCUGGCCGAGCAGCUGGAGCUUGCAAAAGCGGAGAGCUUGAAGCAGGAAGCUUCACUAAAGAAGGCUCGCGAGAGCGCUUCCCAGUGUGAAGACGCCCUCCUUCAUGAGAGAUCCACGCUUGAGCGGCUUCAGAUGCAGAUGGCAGAGGCCACGGAAGGUCGAGCGCAGGCAGAGGCGGAACGAGACGAGGCCAAGGCAGCGUUGCAGCUUCUUGGAGACGAGCUGGACGAGUUGCGACGCAGAGUGGACCAGCAUGAAGAGGACUCGGAGGAAACACGUCGCCUCCUCGAGGAGCAGCUCGCGGAGACGAAAGCGGCUCGCACGAAGCUGCGCGAGGAGCUACAGAGGCCCGUGGCCCACCACCAGCUCUACACAGCGUCUUCCAAAGAACAGUCUCUGAAGUAA